CCAGCGGAGGCGCGGCCGGCGGGCCAGUGAGCGCGGGACAGAGGCGGGCGCGCGCACCAGCUUCCCCUCACUCGGUGGCGGCGUCUUUGUUCCGUGUGGAGAAGGGAGGACUCGAGAGCCAGCGACGGGCCCGGGCCUCGGCAGAACAGGGGGGAGCGCUGGGGACGCUGUGCUGCCGGCGGUGGCGGCUCCUCCCAGGUCCGGGCAGUAGGAGACUAUUUUGAGCAGCUCCUUUGAAGAUGUCUACUCCAGACCCACCUCUGGGAGGAACACCUCGGCCAGGACCCUCUCCGGGGCCUGGCCCAUCCCCUGGUGCUAUGCUGGGCCCUAGUCCUGGACCCUCACCUGGUUCUGCACACAGUAUGAUGGGCCCUAGCCCUGGGCCACCUUCGGCAGGACAUCCCAUACCUCCUCAGGGUCCUGGAGGUUAUCCUCAAGAUAAUAUGCAUCAAAUGCAUAAGCCAAUGGAUUCCAUGCAUGAGAAGGGAAUGUCGGAUGAUCCUCGAUAUAACCAGAUGAAAGGGAUGGGAAUGAGGUCUGGGGGACAUACUGGGAUGGGGCCUCCUCCAAGCCCAAUGGAUCAGCAUUCUCAAGGUUAUCCCUCUCCUCUGGGUGGCUCUGAGCAUGCCUCAAGUCCUGUUCCAGCUAAUGGCCCAUCUUCAGCCCCACAGAUGUCUUCUGGUCCUGGUGGAGUACCGUUAGAUGGUAGUGACCCACAAGCAUUAGGACAACAAAACCGUGGCCCAACGCCUUUUAAUCAAAACCAGCUGCAUCAGCUCAGAGCUCAAAUUAUGGCCUAUAAAAUGCUGGCGAGGGGACAGCCUUUACCAGAUCACCUGCAGAUGGCAGUGCAGGGGAAAAGACCAAUGCCAGGAAUGCAGCAGCAAAUGCCAACACUACCUCCACCCUCUGUAUCUGGGACAGGACCAGGACAAGGACCAGGACCUGGACCUGGGCCUGGUCCAGGACCCGCACCUCCAAAUUAUAACAGACCUCAUGGUAUGGGAGGGCCAAACAUGCCCCCUCCUGGCCCCUCAGGAGUUCCCCCAGGAAUGCCUGGACAGCCUCCUGGUGGACCCCCAAAGCCCUGGCCUGAAGGACCCAUGGCAAAUGCUGCAGCCCCCACUAGCACACCUCAGAAACUGAUUCCUCCCCAGCCAACUGGGCGUCCUUCACCAGCACCCCCUGCAGUACCUCCUGCAGCUUCUCCUGUCAUGCCGCCACAAACACAGUCCCCUGGGCAGCCAGCCCAGCCUGCCCCCAUGGUUCAACUCCAUCAGAAGCAGAAUAGAAUCACUCCUAUCCAGAAGCCAAGAGGACUUGAUCCCGUGGAAAUUUUGCAGGAGAGAGAAUAUAGAUUACAGGCCCGGAUUGCCCAUCGAAUUCAGGAACUUGAAAACCUGCCUGGAUCCCUGGCUGGAGACUUGAGAACAAAAGCAACCAUUGAACUCAAAGCACUCAGACUCCUAAACUUCCAGAGACAGCUGCGUCAAGAAGUUGUGGUGUGUAUGAGAAGAGACACGGCCCUGGAAACUGCACUGAAUGCCAAGGCUUACAAACGCAGUAAGCGGCAAUCCCUUCGUGAGGCUAGAAUAACAGAGAAACUGGAGAAGCAGCAAAAGAUUGAACAAGAGCGGAAACGCCGUCAAAAGCACCAGGAAUACCUCAAUAGCAUUCUUCAACAUGCCAAGGAUUUCAAAGAAUACCAUCGAUCUGUCACUGGCAAAAUCCAAAAACUUACAAAAGCAGUGGCUACAUACCAUGCCAAUACUGAGCGGGAGCAGAAGAAAGAGAAUGAACGGAUUGAGAAGGAGAGGAUGCGAAGACUAAUGGCUGAAGAUGAAGAAGGAUAUAGGAAGCUUAUUGACCAGAAAAAAGAUAAGCGUCUAGCAUACCUACUUCAGCAGACAGAUGAAUAUGUGGCUAACCUUACAGAAUUGGUCCGACAACACAAGGCUGCACAAGUUGCCAAGGAAAAAAAGAAGAAAAAGAAAAAGAAGAAGGCAGAAAAUGCAGAAGGGCAGACACCUGCAAUUGGACCAGAUGGCGAGCCUUUGGAUGAAACUAGUCAGAUGAGUGAUCUCCCUGUGAAAGUGAUCCAUGUAGAAAGUGGGAAAAUCCUCACUGGCACAGAUGCCCCCAAAGCAGGACAGUUGGAGGCAUGGCUAGAGAUGAAUCCAGGUAGUGGACCAAGAUCUGACAGUGAUGAGAGUGGUUCAGAAGAGGAGGAGGAGGAAGAAGAGGAAGAACAGCCACAACCAUCACAGCCUACCCUCCCUGUGGAUGACAAGAAAAAGAUCCCAGAUCCAGAUAGUGAUGAUGUCUCUGAAGUUGAUGCAAGACAUAUUAUUGAGAAUGCCAAGCAAGUGGUUGAUGAUGAGUAUGGUGUUCCCAAAGCCCUGGCUCGUGGUCUGCAGUCAUAUUAUGCUGUGGCCCAUGCAGUCACUGAGAGAGUGGACAAACAGUCUACGCUUAUGGUGAAUGGUGUACUCAAACAGUACCAGGUAAAAGGGUUGGAGUGGCUGGUUUCCUUAUAUAAUAAUAAUCUAAAUGGGCAUCCCUGGCAGAUGAAAUGGGGCCUCGGCAAAACUAUUCAGACAAUUGCUUUAAUUACAUACCUGUAUGGAACACAAGCGGAAUCAAACGGACCUUUCCUAUCAUAGUACCCUCUUUCAACUCUGUCAAAUUGGGCAUAUGAAUUUGAUAAGUGGGCUCCUUCUGUGGUGAAGGUCUCCUACAAGGGCUCUCCAGCAGCAAGACGAGCUUUUGUACCUCAGCUUCUGAGUGGGAAAUUCAAUGUUCCUUGCUAACCUACUUAUGAAUACAUUAUAAAAGAUAAGCACAUUCUUGCCAAGGUAAGAUGGGAUAUUAUGAUUGUAGAUGAAGGUCACAAUAAGAAUCAUCACUGCAAACUAACACAGGUCCUGAACACACACUACGUAGCUCCGCGCCUGCUACUGACAGGGACGCCCCUGCAGAACAAGCUACCUGAGCUGUGGGCACUCCUCAAUUUCCUCCUCCCAACCAUCGUCAAGAGUUGCAGCACCUUUGAGCAUGGGUUCAAUGCUCCCUUUGCCAUGACAGGAGAAAAAAGUAAAGUACCUGAAAUGAAGAAGGAAACUAUUCUGAUUAUCCGACGUUUACACAAAGUGCUACGUCCUUUCCUGCUCAGGGAGCGGUUAAAGAAAGAAGUUGAAGCCCAAUUACCUGAAAAGGUGGAAUACGUGAUCAAGUGCGAUAUGUCUGCACUGCAGCGAGUCCUCUACCGUCACAUGCAAGCCAAGGGCGUGCUCCUGACUGAUGGCUCAGAGAAGGACAAGAAGGGUAAGGGUGGCACCAAGACACUGAUGAACACCAUCAUGCAGCUAAGGAAAAUCUGCAACCAUCCUUACAUGUUCCAGCACAUAGAGGAGUCAUUUUCUGAGCACUUGGGAUUUACUGGAGGCAUUGUCCAAGGCCUGGAUUUAUACCGAGCCUCUGGCAAGUUUGAACUCCUAGAUCGAAUUCUUCCCAAGCUCCGAGCAACCAACCAUAAAGUGCUGCUCUUCUGCCAGAUGACCUCUCUCAUGACCAUCAUGGAGGAUUACUUUGCAUAUCGUGGCUUUAAAUACCUCAGGCUUGAUGGAACCACAAAAGCUGAAGACCGUGGUAUGUUGCUGAAAACCUUCAAUGAACCCGGUUCUGAGUAUUUCAUUUUUCUCCUGAGUACUCGGGCUGGGGGUCUUGGGCUGAACCUCCAGUCUGCAGAUACUGUGAUAAUUUUUGACAGUGACUGGAAUCCUCACCAGGACUUACAAGCACAGGACCGUGCCCAUCGUAUUGGGCAGCAAAACGAAGUCCGGGUUCUCCGUCUCUGCACAGUCAAUAGUGUGGAAGAGAAGAUCUUGGCCGCAGCCAAGUACAAGCUAAAUGUUGAUCAGAAGGUUAUCCAGGCUGGUAUGUUUGACCAGAAAUCCUCCAGCCAUGAGAGAAGAGCUUUCCUCCAGGCAAUCCUAGAGCAUGAGGAGCAGGAUGAGAGCAGACACAGCACGGGCAGCGGCAGUGCAAGCUUCGCCCACACUGCCCCUCCGCCAAUGUGCCUCAACCCUGACUUGGAGGAACCACCUCUAAAGGAAGAAGAUGAAGUUCCAGAUGACGAGACCGUUAAUCAGAUGAUCGCCCGUAAUGAAGAGGAAUUUGAUCUUUUCAUGCGAAUGGAUUUGGAUCGUAGGCGAGAGGAAGCUCGAAACCCCAAAAGAAAGCCACGCCUGAUGGAAGAAGAUGAGCUUCCAUCUUGGAUCAUUAAGGAUGAUGCUGAAGUUGAGAGACUGACGUGUGAGGAAGAAGAAGAAAAGAUGUUUGGGCGCGGCUCCCGCCACCGUAAAGAAGUCGACUACAGUGACUCGCUGACCGAGAAGCAGUGGCUCAAGGCCAUAGAGGAAGGUACACUGGAGGAAAUCGAGGAAGAAGUCCGGCAGAAGAAGUCAUCUCGAAAACGCAAACGGGACAGCGAUGCCGGCUCCUCAACGCCAACAACCAGCACUCGCAGCCGUGACAAGGAUGAUGAUAGCAAAAAGCAAAAGAAACGUGGCAGACCCCCUGCUGAAAAGCUCUCCCCAAACCCACCAAACCUCACCAAGAAAAUGAAGAAGAUUGUGGAUGCUGUGAUCAAAUACAAAGACAGUAGUAGUGGACGCCAGCUGAGCGAGGUGUUUAUUCAGCUUCCUUCCCGCAAAGAGCUGCCAGAGUACUACGAACUCAUCAGAAAACCUGUGGACUUCAAGAAAAUAAAGGAAAGGAUCCGUAACCACAAGUACCGCAGCCUCAAUGACCUAGAGAAGGACGUGAUGCUGCUGUGUCAGAAUGCCCAGACCUUCAACCUGGAAGGCUCAUUGAUCUACGAAGACUCCAUUGUUCUGCAGUCUGUUUUCACCAGUGUGAGACAGAAAAUUGAGAAAGAGGAUGAUAGUGAAGGAGAAGAAAGUGAAGAGGAAGAAGAGGGAGAAGAGGAAGGAUCUGAAUCUGAGUCUCGCUCUGUCAAAGUGAAGAUUAAGCUUGGCCGAAAAGAGAAAGCACAAGACCGGUUAAAGGGUCGGAGACGUACCAGCCGGGGAUCCCGAGCCAAACCAGUCGUGAGUGAUGAUGACAGUGAAGAAGAACAGGAGGAGGAUCGCUCAGGAAGUGGCAGCGAAGAAGACUAAAGCGGACAUUCCACGAUGUAGACCCCGAGAGCCCCUCUUCCUUUAGCUGUAACGGGUAGCAACAAAUAUAGUAUCAGACUUCAGUAAACUGUAUAAAACUCUUCCAUAUUUAUACUGCAGAGAAGAUGUAGGACUGUUUGUGUCUUGCCUUGUCCUGGCAUCAGUAGCGUUUGUAACAGCAUUAACUGUUUUAAAA